AUAGCAUAUACAAUGCGGUUUAUUUGAACGCUUCAAUUUAAAAUUUGUCCUGACAAAGCAACUGCUGGUCUGGUCAUACUGUGAAGCGAUAGAACCUUGGGGUUUUUUUCCCUUUCAAGUGUAAACUUGGAUAGAUAACUUGAGGGAAUGGACGAGAUCAAAAAUCCAUGAUCCUUUUAGCCUUCAUGUUUAUUAGUUAAAUAUUUUCCCACUCUGUGAUGUGACUUAAGUCUCAAGGAACGAUUCAUUAACCUGUUUGAAUUAAUUGAACAAAGGUAAAGACUGAAGCAAUUUUGUCAACUUCAGAGAUAACAAAUCCUGAUAAGAGGUAAUGAAACUUAAUUUUAAAAAGUGUGAGAAAGACCGUGUAUUAUUUGGGCAUUUCUCUUGACAAUGUACAGGUUCGUUUUGAUGAUGGAUAAACAAGCAACUGCUAAACCAUCUACCAUUUUCACCUCGGAUGCUGUUAAAGGACACAUGAAGAAGAGGGAUGGAACAUUACAAGCUGUAAAAUGGAAUGCUUCUUUAGCAUCUAAAAUCAAAACUAAAAUAUUAAAUAACUCAUCUAUGUUUAAAGUAUCGUUAAAACAAAAUAAUAAAGCAUUAGCUGUGGCUUUGAGUGUGGAGAAAGAAAAUUCUCGGAAGCUAAGGAAUGAGAAGAUUUUUCUUCAGAAGGAAGUAGAAAAGCUGCAGCUUCAUAAUAUCUUGCUUCGUCAAAAACUAAAUUGUUUGAAUAAAACCCUUAUAGAAAUAGAAGCAUUUUUGAAUAACAACCUCUUAACUGCAAUAGAAAUAAGCAGUCUUUCUGAGCAUCUUCAGAAUUCUCUUCCUCUAUCACCUGGUCCAAGUAGCCCUACUGAUAACCAGUUCAAGAGUACAUGUCGGUCAGCUAGAUCUGCAGAAUUGCCAGUGAAGCUUCCUUUAAUUGCAACAGCUAAUGCAAAACAGCAAGAUAGCCCUUCUGUGUGUGAAAUACCAAAUUCUUACAAGUGUACCACUAUUUUGUCAAAGGAAAUGCAUUCAGAUCAAUUCAAGUUUGCAUUAUCAUUGCCUUCUGGUACAAAUAAUCAAAAGUUAAUUGAAAUAGACCCCGUGGAAACAACCGUUGACAAAAAUAUAUUUUUAAAAGAAAAUCAGUCACGCCCAGAACUAACUUGCGGUAGUGCCUUCCUGUUUCAUGUCAAAAAUACACAAUCUUUAAGACAGUCUGAGGAGCUUACAAAACAAUAUAAUGAUAAUUCAUUGCCAUUCUGUGGAAAUGUGACUGAAAGAAAGAAACAUGCAGUACUUCAGAAGUCAAAAACUCAACCUAAUAUAAAGGAUUUUGAUAAAAAAUGUAGCUCAAAUAAUCUGCCUCAUCAUGGUGUCAACAGCGGCAGCAACACCAAUGGCAUGAAUUUGCAGGAAAGUUCAAGUGACUUGUCUCGCAUUAUUCCUUCACCUCUUAAAUUUAGCAAUGAAAGUAAGAUAGCUUUUAAGAAGCUACUUUUUACUGACAAGAUGAAGCCUGAAGAAACUGUUUAUGAUGCUGAUAUGGAGUUGACUGCCAGUGAUGCAGUGGGACUUUCUGCAUACAAAUGA